AUAAACCAAACGGCAUCCUCCGAAAUUGAUACAACGGCCUUCCCGGGAUGGUGAAUGCGGUGUACUCCCUGCUUUUUUUGUCCAGCUCAAUUUGCCAGAACGCAUGCUUUAAAUCCACACUGCUAAUGUAAAUGGUUUCAUCCACACGGCUCAGAAUCGACUCUAUAUUCUGCAAUGGACAGGAUGUGUGGUUCUACCGGUUCGCUCGUAACAUGGAACUCAUUCUCAAUCGACGACAAUUCACCUACCCCUACGACGUCCGGAGCUAAUGAAAAUUUCCGCCAAAAGUCUAUUCCCAAAUAUAGUUUUUGCCGCAGUGAGGGACAUAGGAGCAAUGAUAUGCGUUUCAGCCGCUUUACCAGGUCCAUACACCCGUCUCCUAGGAUGCUCUUCGAUGCUCCCGUGUCAAGUAGCCCCUGCAUUGGAUGAUUUGCAACCAAUACCUCGGCAAACGCUCGGUUUUCCGUCGUAGCUGCUGAUAUUAUAGCUGUGCAGACCUCUCUUCGUUCCUGUUUUCGGUGCUGGUAACGCCUCCGGGCUCGGAUUAUCCUCGACGACUUGCGGGAAUGGCUAUCUCCCCUUGGUUCUCCAAAUAUCCUUUCCCUUGCCUGCUGAUAGUCGCGUUCCCUCUCUUCCAUAGAUCCUCGGAGGCAGUUAAUUCGUCGUCUUGGGAUGGGAGCGGGACUCCUCCGGUUGCGUCAAGCUCCAUCUCGCGUUUCCCGCCUGACAUUUCGGACACCGAGUAAAACGUACUCCCUGUCGGCCGCAUCUGUAGCAGAACUUAUUAAGGACCUCCGAGUCGCACGUGUAAUACGUGUGUCCCGGCAUGGAGCAAUUGUAGCAGACCAACGUACUUUGCGCUCCGCCUUCUCUGCCCCGGGAAAUGGCCUCUACAAACUCGGAGUCCUCGUCUGGCUCCUGGGAUACAUACGCCUCGUGAACCUGGUGCUUCUCCUUCGGUGGUCUCUGGUGCUCUUGCAUCCCGGAUGUGCGCGACCAGCGAUUGGCCAAAACCCUCUCGGCUUCGUGGCAUUCCUCCCUCAGUUGUUCCAGGUCGUGGUCGGAUAUGUUGAUGUCCAACUGGGAUCGGAGGCUCAGCAUCGCCUUCAGAUACUCAUCCACGCUCUCUCCUGGUCGUUGCUUUCGCUCGCGUAGUUCUCGCUCACGCUCGAAGUUCGAACGCAGCGUUUGGAAACGUUGUUGCAGCGCGUUUUUUAGAUUUGGCCAAUCCCUCAAUCCCGUUGUGCGUACGUGCAUCCAAAACCACUCCUUGGCCUGACCAUCUACCAGGCAGUGAAAAGAUCGAAGGACCUCUUCCCACGUGACUUG